UAGCUGCAGUACUAUAUAAGUACAUUGGUGUGGCAUAUAAUAUCCAUCAUCACAGUCCUCUUGCCACUUUUAUUACAAGAGAGAAGAGAGACAUGGACAGAAACCACUUGAAACGCCAAGUUGACUUCAUGAAGAGGUCCCUCCUUGAUCAGGGGUACCUUGAUGAGCAAUUCAUUCAACUUGAGGAGUUGCAAGAUGAUGACAACCCUAAUUUUGUAGAGGAAAUUGUGACACUGUUCUUCAAUGAUUCAGCUAGGCUGCUCCAGAACAUAGAACAGGCACUGGUUAGUGGGCCCAUAGAUUUCGCUAAGCUGGACAAUUAUAUGCACCAAUUCAAGGGUAGUAGCUCAAGCAUUGGAGCUAAAAGGGUGAAGAACGAAUGCACGCGAUUCAAAGAAUACUGUACGGCAGGAAAUGCUGAAGGAUGCUUUAGGACUUUCGUACAAGUCAAACAAGAGCAUGCAAUUUUGAGGACAAAGCUUGAAAGUUACUUUCAGUUGGCAAGACAAGCUGGACCAUCUGGGACUUCAGGAGGUCAAGUUAGAUGAUUACAUGGACGAGGGAGGAUCCCUCAUUAUGGACUUGUACUAUAAAUAUGAUGAAGCCCACAUGAUCAAGUAAAAUGGAAGAACUUGCAGAUUUUGUAUGUCUUAGUGGCAAUAUAAAUAAUG